UCACACGCGCACAUAUCCCGCUUCAUCGUUCGCCAAGCCUCUCCUUUUACCUCUCCCAUUAUAUAUUCCUCAGCUCUCAUUCUUCACAAAUCGCAAAAUAGCAUAAACAAACAAAACAGAAAAAGAGAAAAUGGCGGAUCUUCAUCAACAACAUCAGCAACCAAUGACGAGAAAUCUCCACGAAUCAUCAUCAUCACCAUCGACAAGACAAACCGUGAGAUUCCUAACGGCGGCGACGAUCGGCAUGUCACUGCUCGUGCUCUCGGGAUUAACGCUCACCGGAACCGUGAUCGGUCUAGUCGUAGCGACGCCGUUGAUGGUUCUGUUUAGCCCCGUGCUUGUGCCUGCGGUGAUAACAAUGUGCCUUUUGACAGCGGGAUUCUUGUUUUCCGGUGGCUGUGGGGUGGCGGCAGCGACGGCUUUAUCGUGGAUCUAUAGGUACGUCACCGGAAAACAUCCCAUGGGAGCGGAUAAAGUGGAUUACGCGAGAAUGAUGAUUUCGGAGAAGGCUAAAGAGUUGGGACAUUAUGCUCAGCCCCAAACGGACCAAACCACAACAGCUCCUUAUUAGUCAAUAAAUGCUAUAUAGAUCUAUGCAACUUCUAAUUUGUGUUCAAUUUUGGAUUUUUUUUAUGGUUUCAGCUCGCCACCUUAACUUUUCUUUUAAUGUUUUAACUUAUCCUACGAAUGCGUUUUUCUUUCUUUCUUUAAGCCUACGUACUGGCCAUCUGUUUGGGACAAAAUAGAUAUGAUCUUCUUGGAUAAAUAUAUGAAGUUUCUUCCAGAUGAUAUUGUUAAUUUUUGAAAAAGAUCUGAUAAUGCUUUGUUUUCAACUAGAUGCUGUAUAAUGAGGCCCCUAUGCACUUUUUGUACAUGUAAAAUAAUCCUAACUUAACGAACUAUGUUUAUCUCCAAAUAUAAUAAAUACAUGUUUAUCUCCAAAUAUAAUUUCAACCGAGUAUAUAUCACUUAUACAAAGAUAUUAACCAACACGUACCAAACAUUUUUGGAUAAGAGUACUCAAUACCCCGUUUAGUGUACGAAAAUUUUAAAUGUCCAACUUGAAUAAAAACGAUUGGAAAACCUUUUCGGAAAGAGCUAAUUCGUAAAACUAUCUGCCACUUGAUUUUCGUUUGUUCAAGGCUUUUUCUUCCUGAGAGUGUUUUUUUUUUAUGUUACAAGCAGUUAUUGUCUCUUCGUUGUACAUGUCACAAAGUAAACUUUGAUAUUUGUCGGUAAGCAAUUAUUGUGGUACUACGUACAAAACAUUUGCUUAUACUAUUCAUAGCUUGGAUAACGAGUUGUAUAAACUUGAGCUUGGUUUUCGGUGGGUAAAUGGUUACAAAAAUAUUUCGUCAAUACCUGAGGUUUAAAGUAAAGUUGCUCCCUCUUUCCCAAUAUUUUCGUCAUAUCGUUUAAAUAGAAAAGUAAGCGAGGGGAGAAUGAUAUAUAUAUAUAUAUAUUUUUUUUUUUUGCAGUGGUCUACCUUUUAAGGAUGAUAUGAUUGUUUUUAUGAAUGGGUCACUGACCCAACAUUGCCGUACAGGUUAUUAGUUUAAGAUUACCGCUUACGAAAAGACACGAGUCAUCUUGAUUAGUUAAACCCAUGUGCUAAUAAUCCAUAUCUUUAAACUUGAAGAUGAACAAGAUUAAUAAAACCGUAGAUCAUGCUUCAAAGCCCAUGUGCUAAUCCAUUUCAAAACUAAAAAGUAAGGAAGGAGAAUGUAUUAGGGGGGGGUUAUUGGUAGUUAAAUUUUGAAGGAGUUAUAAAAUUUAGAAAUUCUAUUGUUAUUAGUUUAUGUAUUCUUACAAUCUUGUUAGAAUCCUUUGUUAUUGGUUUAUUGACUUUUAAAUUCCAUAUAAAAUCUUUUGUUAUUCAAAAAGUCUAGUUUUUAUUGAUUUUGUAAUUCUAGUAAACUCUCUUGUUAUUGGGACAUAAAUUCUCUCUAAUUUUACUCAUAACACUCAACUUUACAAAUAUCAUCUAUACUCAUAAGAUUCUUAGAAUCUAGGUAACAAAAAACACAAAUAUACAAGCACAAAAAGUUUUGUAUUACAUUCUUGUUGUCAUGUAAAAGAUAAUUGUAAAAAGAAAUUUAAAGAUAGCAAAUUUUUUAAAGAUAACAUGAUCAAGAAUCAUGAAAAAAAUCAUAGGUUGACCUUAGAAAACUUUAAAAAAUCAAACAAGACAAAUUCAAAUAUUUAAAAAUCAAAAAAAAAAUA